AUGGCCUACAGCGGCUCUGACAAGCUCGAUAUCGAGCACAUCGAAGCAAUGGCCUCGUCUCCUGACAACAUCAAGUCUGACUCCGACUAUGACUUCACCCCAGAGGAGGAGCAGAAGCUCGUCCGCAAGAUCGACAUGUUCCUGCUCCCGACAAUCUGGCUCAUGUAUCUCCUGUCGUACAUGGAUCGAACCAACAUCGGCAAUGCGAAGAUCGCCGGCAUGAUGGAAGACCUGAAUCUCAGCUCAAACGAAUACUCUGUUGCCCUCAUAGUCUUCUUCGUAUCUUACGUCGUCUUCGAAGUUCCUUCCAACCUGGUCCUCUCCCGCACGCGCCCCUCCCUUUUCCUCCCCACCAUAAUGUUCAUUUGGGGAGGCAUCACCUGCUGCAUGGCCGCAGUCAAAAACUAUCAUCAACUGGUGGCCCUGCGCUUUGUCGUCGGCAUCUUCGAGGCUGGCUUCGCACCGGGUAUCCUGCUCAUCCUGUCCUCGUGGUACAAGAAGAACGAACAAUCAAAGAGAUUCGGAGUCUACAUCUCAGCAGCCGUCCUGUCCGGUGCCUUUGGCGGUAUCCUCGCCGGAGCCAUCACUGGAGGCCUGGACGGCGCUCACGGCAUUGCCGGCUGGAGAUGGCUCUUCAUCGUUGAGGGAGCGGCGACAUGUGGCUGGUCCAUCGUCUCGGCCUUCCUCCUGCUCGACUUCCCCGCGACGAGCAGGAAGCUCUCGGAACGCGAGCGUGCCAUCGCCGUGCACCGGCUGACGAGGGACAACGCGUCCGCAGAAACAGAGGACGAGGUUCACCUCAGCCCGGUGCAGGCCCUCCUCGAGGCCAUGCGUAACUGGCGCACCUGGCUGAUGGUCGUCGGCUACAUGGUCAUCGUCGGAUCCUCUACCCUCUCCUACUUCUACCCGACUCUCGUCAAGGGUCUUGGCUACACCUCGCACAUGGCACAAUACAUGGUCGUCCCCAUCUACGCCGCCUCCUUCGUCGCCGUCUUCCUCUCAGCCAUCCUGCUCGACAAGCUGCCGACGUACCGCGGCAUGGCCAUCGCCAUGUGGCUGCUACUAGCAACAGGCACGUCCAUCGCCGUGACGUGCCUGCCCAACGCCUUCACGGCGCGCUACGUGCUGCUCGUGCUCAUGGCCUCAGGCCUGUGGUCGGCCAACGCGCUGGCCCUGUCGUACGCCUCGUCGACCUUCGGCGCCUGCAUGCGCUCGCGCGAGGUGCGCGGCGUCGCCCUCGCCCUCGUCAACGCCCUCGGCAACCUCGCCCAGAUCUACGGCGCCUACCUGUUCCCCACCGACGACGCCCCCGGCUACACCAUGGGCUUCGGCGUCAUCAGUGCCAUGUGUGGCGUCGGCGUGCUCGUGUACGCGGGCGCGCAUAUGGUGGUGAGGUAA